ACAGUAAUAACCUGUUGCAUUCAGGGGCAGACUGACACAUAGGCAGACCUCUAUAGCGUAUACACACACAGUAAUACAUCUACACAACUGACAGACUUUUUCAACACACACACAGCUAUGGAGAGACACAUAUGAUUUAGUCUGUGGUUUACACAGUGAGUUGGUUUUGAGGUUGUGUGGCUGGUUGACUGGCUGGGAUGGGACAAUGUAGUGUUUAGUGUCUAGCAUUCUACAGGGACAGACGGAGGACAACAGAAAGAUGACGGGGCAGGUGUUGGGUGAGCUGGCGUCUCAGAGGCUGUCAGUGAAGACAUGGCUGGACGAGGAAUGUGAGAGAGCAGACAGCAACCUGAGUCAUCUGAGUCGAGGCCAGUCUAUGUGUGAUGACACGUCGUCAGAACUACAACGGAUGGCUGUCAUUGACCGGAGAGGACUCACCUCCCAGAACUCCUUCAGAGGGAGAGGAGCCAUGUCCAGGUUGGUCAGCAUGGUGGUGACCUUGAGAGAGUGGGCUCAYAAGAGUUUGGUUGAGGAGCAAGAGAGACCUGAUUCGUUCCUGGAAAGGUUCCGAGGCCCUGAUCUGCAGGCUCCGCCCAGCAGGAUCAGCCAAUCACGACCGGAUGCUGAGCCCACGGMCCACAGCGACCACAUACACACGUAUGACACUCCUAAGAGUCCAGGUAUGUUGAUAUUAUCUCCAGCUGAUAAUAUCUAUUACCACUGGCUCCUCAUCAUCUCGACUGCUGUGCUCUACAACUGGUGUCUGCUGGUGGCCAGGUUGUCAGCAUGGUGGUGA